AUGACAGCAGGCGCAGGAAUGCUAACAACCUUGAGCAAGAAUAGCUUCGUGAGAGGACUGCGAAUACCCCGGGGGAUGUCAUGCAUAUCGGAUGCUUGUGUGUGCGUGGAACCCCCAGUAUCACAGCUGGGGAAGAAGGGUGGCUCCUUGGCAGGCAAAAGAUGCAGCCUUAGCGACGUGUCAGAAGAUUGCAUGUCAAAGAUCAUGUUUCUGCUGGAUGGAAACCACAUCUUGAUGCUGGCAUGCACCUGCAGACAGUUCUCGAUGUCGGCUAAGAGCCUGCAUUUCUGGAAGUGCUUCUGCACACGACUGGAUGCCUUCUGCAAGGAAGAUGCCACAGAGAUCGGAAUCUUCACCAACAACGGAGAAGACGACCACAAGGACUGGAUCAGGUUGAACACACUCCUUGAGCACGAGCGAAACAUUCGUAUCCUGAGGAACACAAUCGAGUUCCCAGAGCGGGUCAGCAUGAAAUGCGGGAAGCAGAGCUAUGGGCACUUGAUACAGUAUGUCGGCAAGCUGGGAGGUGACAGAGCCGUAAGGGGAGCACAUGGAUGGACUUUGCAGGUGAACAAGAAGCGCUGGAUUCGGAGUGUCCUUGAGGGUACGAUGUGCCGGCUGGGUUUGAGAAAGGCGAGGUCCAGCAUCCUGGAAGAGCUCCCUCCUAUCCUGGCAGGCUGCGACUCCAACGUCCUACACGUUCAGGCUCAGUACAUCUUCUCCCUGUGCUACUACUACGAAGUCAAGAUCCGAGAGAUCCUGCUGAAGAAUGGUUCGCAGCCGAACACGAGGAAAUGGUGCAUUGCCAUCGGACUGUCGACCAAAGACUUUCGUCUCACCGGAAGACAGCCGGGCUGGGACAGCAACUCGUGUGCGUACCAUGGAGAUGAUGGCAAGGUCUACUGCCGAAACAAGACCUGCCGCUCUUGGCCGACUUUUGGGGCCGGAGAUACUGUCGGGUGCGGUCUGUGUCAAGACAAAUCCAUCUUCUUUACGCUCAACGGGAAUUUCUUGGGAUUCUUGAAGGAUCACAUCCUGUGGGAUCCUCGAAGGCAGACGCUCCACCCGACGAUCGGCAUCGACUCCUUCCAACCCCUGGAGGUGAACUGGGGAACGAAACCUUUCAUGUAUAACUUCGAGGAGGUCUUGACUGCAUCCAACAACCCUCCCAGCUGA